AGUUAUUUUAAGAAGCUGCAUUGAGGAUAUGUGGCCUCUCAGAGCCAUUAUAGCUUUCUGCACUGUAAACUAUACUGCCUUACCAAGCAUGCUUUAUCAUGUGGACAAAUAGCCUGCCUCCACUGUGUUGUUAUACAACAGCACCUCCUGUUGGUGUGAUAUUAGUAAUGUAUCCUUGGCUCCAGUCCAGUCGCUGUAUUUCACAAUGUUAGUCUCUGAGCCAACUGCCCUGUGGGUUUACCCUGAUACAUGUUCUGUCAGGGAGGGGAGAGAGAAACUGACAUGCUGUGUGUGUGUGUGUGUUUGUGGGGUAUGUGUUUGUGAGGACUGAACUUGGGUCGAGCCCUGAGAGCUCAGUAAUGGAGUCGUCUACGACCACGGAGGCUCUGAAAGUGAAGCUCAGCCACCUUAUCCUGCUGUCCCUCUGUAUCCCAGCCUGCACUGGGCUCCCUGGAGGUGAGUCUCAGAUCUGAGUAUGUCAAUGACCUUGGUGGUGCUCAGUUCAGCCCUGUACCUUUCAAAUAAGCUGCUGGCUAUUCAAUGCUCUGCUUGACUGUCUGUCUUUCUGUCAGUCUGACUGUACUUGCGUACAGAGACUAUUUACAGCCUCGUCUGUGCAGUAAUGGCAACUUUUCAACCACCCAUGGUCUUCAUUGGGCUUCUUCCUUUUCCUAUUAUUUGUACUCUGUUCCUGUGGAAGUUUGUUGGGUGUCUAUCAAUUUACAGUCUAUGUAGUGUGAACAGUAAUGUCCCGUCCUGGCAGCUCCAGUGUUCCUGAGCAGACAGGAGGCCAGUGGGGUGCUCCAUCAUCAGCGCUCGCGGCGUGCUAACAGCCUGCUGGAGGAGCUAAGACUGGGUGACCUGGAGAGAGAGUGUCUGGAGGAGCAAUGUGGCUAUGAGGAGGCACGGGAGAUCUUCACCCUCCCCGAACACUUGGUGAGUGAAAACUGAAUGAUCAGAUGGAAUCUGAGGAAGCAGGUUCUCCAUAUUUGUCCCAGAACAGUAGAAUCUUUUGAAAUACCCCUCUCUCUCGUUUUAUGCAGGAGGAGUUCUGGAAGAGCUACUCAGGUAGGCUAACGUCAGGGGACUCAAUGCUACACUCAAGUUGAACUUACAUUUGGCCAAAUCUACAUAUAUUUCUCAUUUCUCAUUAUAAUGGUUAUAAUAAUAAUCUAGUCUCUAUCUGUAGGGGUGGAUCACUGUGAAUCUGGCCCCUGCUUGAAUGGGGCUACCUGUGUAGGUCAGGUGAACACCUAUAUCUGUAUAUGUCUCCCUGGGUUUGAAGGACGGAACUGUGGCCAAGGUAGGUACAACACACCUGUAUCUGUUUGUCAAAUCACUGAAAUUGGCUCUUGGAUCUUCUUCAAUAAUGGUUUCAAUUUCUCUUGUCUCUUGGUUCCUGUCUGUCUCUGUCUCUACUUCCACAGCCUUCAGGAAUUCUUAUGAUGGCUGUCUGUAUAGAAAUGGGGGAUGUGAGCACUUCUGUACAGAGUUUCCAGACCUUUCUCACUGUUGUCACUGUGCCCCUGGGUACAGACUGGGCAAUGACAGCAGUAGCUGCAUACCCAAAGGUCUGUAUCACACUGGGCCAAACCCUAACAACUACAACUUCCAACAGCCAUGUGCUUCUUGAGGCCAUCUCCAUACAAGCUUCAUCUUCUCCUUUUGUAGUCCUUCUCUUGCCUGUAUGUACCAUUGCUGUCUUGAGGCUCACUCCAUAUCAAGCUCAUCCUCUCUCUCUGCCUCUUUUCUCGUAGAUCUAUAUGCUAGUAUUCUCUUUAUCCGCAACUCUAGCUCUCACCCUCCUCCUACUCUCCUCUCUCCUCUGUAGUCCUUCUCUGCCUGUGUUCCUCGUAUCUCCACCUUAGCCUAACCUCUCUCUCUCAUCUCUCUCUCAUCUCUCCUCUCUCUCUCUCUCUCUUCGUCUCUCUCUCCUCUCUCUCUCUCUCUCUCUCUCUCUCUCUCGCUCUCUCUCCUCUUAGUUCCGUUCCCCUGCGGAAGAAUUGUGAAAACGUUCAGGCCCGGGCCCCGAAUUGUGAAAGGCACUGUGUGUCCUAAGGGAGAGUGCCCAUGGCAGGUAUAGCAUUGCACUGUAGUUAUAGACUGACCAACACGUGGCUAGAUCCAGAACUAUGUCUGUCUCACACUAUCCUCUCCCUCUGUCACUGCAGGUUAUGCUGCAGUACAUGAAUGAAUAUAAAUGUGGGGGGAUCCUCUUGGCUCCACAAUGGAUCCUUACUGCUGCCCACUGUGUGUGGCACACGACUGCCUCCCAUUGGCAAGUCACAGUGGGUGAGUGGGCAAAUAGUAUUACAGUGUUCUCUUAAACCCUCCCAGUAUCUCAGCUGCCACAAAACCCAAUGCUAUCUAUCACCUCUGAGUGUCCACUGUCCACUGAUCCUGACUUCCUCCCCCUUCAAGGUGAACACAACCGUGCGAAGAAGGAGGGCACGGAGCAGGUUCGGCGGGUGACAAGGAUGCUGAUCCACCCCCAAUACAACCACACCUCCACGGACCGGGACCUGUCUCUGCUCUACCUCAAGAGGGAAGUAGUGCUAGGACCCUUUGCGGUGCCUGUGUGCCUGCCCGCCUUGGACGGCUCCUUCGGGCGCACGCUGGGGACCGUGCGCACCUCCGUGGUGAGUGGCUGGGGCCGCCUGGCUCAGUCGGGACCCCCGUCCACUCUGCUCCAGAGGCUGAAGGUUCCUCGGGUCCCCCUACAGGAGUGUCGCACCACAGGCCUCAAUGUGACCAGGAACAUGCUGUGUGCUGGGUUCAGGGGCGGGAAAAAGGAUGCGUGCCAGGGGGACAGCGGAGGCCCGCUGGUCACCCGCUACAAGAACACCUGGUUUCUGACGGGCGUGGUGAGCUGGGGUAAAGGGUGCGCCCAAGAGGACGUCUACGGAAUCUAUACCCGUGUCGCUAACUUCCUGGACUGGAUCAAUCAGACCAUGGCGACCGGCUGAGUUGGGGUGUCCAUUUAAAAACACCCCUCCAAAAAACACUAACAGACCUCCUCAGAGGUUGAUGCUGGAUAAUAGUCCAAGACAUAAUCCUGCACCAAACUAGAAUCUGGAUUAAUAUAUAAACUAUGAAUAUAAUGAUGACAGUUUCUUAGAUAAACCAAUGGUAAACUAAAAUAUCUAUUUUAUUUGAUCCAAGUAUUAAUGUCUGUGUUUGAUGAAAAUUACAGUUGCUACAGAAUAAAUAAAUAGUUAUUUGAAAAUAAA